GCGAAUACCUGUACUAGAGAGUAGUAGAAUAUGAUAUAGCUUCAUAGUACUACGAAGUAGGAACCGAUAUAUAUUUCUAGAGUGAGAGUAGUAUGAUAUGUCUUCAUAGUACAACGAAAUACAAACCAACACCUAUCUAAAUUAUCUAACAUAUAGCAUGUCCAGUGCAAGUCUACUAUGAAGUAGUACAUAUUUAAUUUUCUUUUAUUGGUUCUGAAGCACGGUUUAAUCGACAAGGGGCUCCCACAAAUACAUUAUGAAGAUGGCGGCCAGUAGCGUAUCGAAGGGCAAGCAGCCAGCAGAGAAGAGUCCCGAGUUGACCGUGGUGGGCUAUGAUAUUGCAUCGCAUUCCGGGUUCAGUGCCAAUUUCCGGCCUGAGAAUAUGAUGGUAAAUAAUCCGACAGACCAGGCUUCGCGGUGGAGUACAGGCUCAAACAAUAGAGAACAGUACAUAUGCGUCAAACUACAGGUGAGUGGCUCGUCUGCGACUAUACCGUAUAUAUAUUGA